AUGGCUAGUGAUAACAAGCAUAUGAUCGGACUCUCGGAGGAAGAAGUUAGAGCUGCAGAGGCAUUAGAUGUUCUGAGACAUUCUCAUAACACAGGAAGUAUCUCUUCAAUAAUUAAAAAUGCUGCAGUAACAGAAGCAGAAAGUACAGAGGAUGAGAAACAUGAGGAUGAAGAACCUGAAGAAGAUGACGAGGAGGAGGAGGAACAAGAAGAGGAAACUCUACUGGAUAGAGUAUAUAAGAAUGUGGCUACUUUCUACGACGAUUUCAGUAGUAGAAAACGUGUGGCUUCUAUUGCAAGAUUAUUAGAUGAUGCUUACGAGGAAAAUUAUACAGACGCAGAAAAUGAAGAUGAAGAACAAGAAAAAGGUGGCUACAACGAUGAAGAUGGAGAUAAUGAUGGGGUAGAUAACGAAUGGGAUGAAUAUGUUGUUUCAAAAAGAAGGAAACUUUCAGAAGCGCUUCUAAAGAGUAAAGACAAUUUCAAAGAGUAUAAGCUUAACAUGUCCAUUGAAUCCAAAAAAAGACUUAUUACAUGUCUGCAUUUGUUGAAGUUGGCAAAUAAACAACUAUCGGAUAAGGUAACUUUUCUUCAAGAAUUAGUAGAAGAGGAAGAAACUGUCAAGGAGGAAGAUUCACAUGCAAUUGAAAAGAAAGAACACGUUGUACGAAAUAAGAAACAACAGCAUACUGAACAUGAGGAUGAUGAGGAUGAAGACGAGGAUGAAGAUGAAGACGAAUUCUUUGAUGCCAAUGAAUCGGUAAACUAUGAUGAGAAAUGUACCAUUAUCAAUAUGGAAAUUGUCGGUACCAUUAAAAAAGUGUACUCGCUAGUCUCUAAAUAUGGUGGGACAUCGUUACCAGAACCUGCUCGAACCCAAGUUAGGGAGGCAUUAUUAAAUCUUCCGACAAAUUGGACAAUAAGCGUGAAUAACUCAUUUUUUUCUUCAUCAACAGCUCCGGCUGCAACUGAACCACCAAAGGAUGAACCUCUGUUGACAACUAAUGGUAAAGUAUUAAUUUUAGCAAAGGAAUCAUUAAAUGUGGUACGAAACAUAAUGGACGUGGUCGACUCAUCAUUAGGAAAGGCUGAAGAAUGGGUUAAGCAGAAGCAAGAGCUUAAAGAGAUGAUUAGAGAACAAUUCUUACAACGACAAUUAUCUAAAACUGAAGAAGUUGAAAGGUAA